CUCCCUGUUUUUCAAGAAAGGACGAGAAGUUACUGGGAUAUAGUUUCGCCAAAAGAAGUUGCUACCUAACAUUUCUCCAUCUCUCCUGAUGCCACCAUGUCUGCCCUGCCAGCCGGGCCCGGUAAGGGGGAUUGUGAAAAGGGCGAGAGGCAGAAAAGCAGCGGUGGUCGUAGCGGGUACGACACGUACGUGCUGCCGUGCGUGGCCGAGUUUUUCGGGACUGGCCUCUUCGUGUUCACCGGCUGCGCUUCGCUGAUCGAAAACUCUCCGGGAACUGGCAGGCUUCAACCGGCCGUCGCGCAUGGACUCGCGCUUGCUAUUUCUGUGGCCAUUACGGCAGGAGUGAGUGGUGGACACAUGAACCCUGCAGUGUCGCUGGGAGCAGCCUUGUGUGGAGGUCUCAAUGUCUUCCUGCUUAUUCCCUUUUGGGCGGCGCAGUUCUGUGGAGGGCUGGUUGGGGCUGGCUUAGCACGGGCGGUGUCAUCGGACGCACGCUUCAUCAACGCGACGGGCGGAGCCUUCACCUCCAUCAAGACCGACGAGCAGGUGGCCGGCGCCCUGGUGGCCGAGAUCGUCAUGACGUUCUACCUGGUGCUCACCGUGUGCAUGAGCGCCAUCAACAAGCAGAGCAAGACGCCCCUCGCCCCCUUCUGCAUCGGGCUCACGCUCACCGUCGCCAUUCUGGGAGGGGGUGGGGUGUCGGGUGCCUGUCUGAACCCAGCCAGAGCCUUGGGCCCGGCGGUGGUGGCUAACUACUGGCCCUAUCACUGGGUGUACUGGGUUGGGCCUCUCAUUGCUGCAGUGAUCGUAGGAGUGGUCCUCAGGCUUCUUCUCGGUGACCCAGGGAUACGACUUGUCAUGAAGACGGAAACUUUUGCAUGAAAUCUUCAACUUUUCAACUUCUUUUUUUUCAUUCCCACUGCCACAUACACACACACAAACACACACGCACAUGCACACACACACACACACAUACGCCAAGUCACACCACCAAGAUGUGAGGGAGACAUCACAUGUGCACUGCUGAGAUGUUUUAUCUGCCAGCAAGCAUGACUGUGUGAGCUGUGGCAGACCCAGGCAGUUUGAAAGGAAGGACGUAUUGCUGCAGUACGCAGUCUGACGCAGGGCCAGUCUGACUGGACUCUACCCUAAAGGAGACACAGACACAGGGCCUUACAGUGUCACGGCUCCGGCUCCUGACCACUAAAUGCCGUGUUUUAGUUCUUACCUUGUUCCUUUCAUUUCUCUGUGUUUGGUGUCUCGUGUCUGUUAAUCAUUCGUUGUUAUUGGAUAAUUGAUUCUUCACAUUUCGCUGGUCUGCUCGUUUCCAGUGAUUGUCUGCAUGUGUCUCACUGUGUAUUUAAGUUCCUGGUUUUCUUCAGUUCAUGUUUUACUGGUAUUCUACUGGUAUUCUACCUCCUUUAGCCUUAUUUCUGUUUUGUGUUUCUUUGCUGUUUAAAGACUUCAGUAGGCUUAUUAGCCUGCCUCCGCAUUGAUUUCUAUGCCUGGGUCCGAAUACUUUUUGUGAGCCCUGACAUACAGUGGAUGGCAAAUCGUCUCGUAGCACUAAGCAAUAGAAAUGUUCAUUUGCAUUUAAAAAUGGAUGAAUUGUGUAUGUUAUUUAACAAUUAAAUUGCACCAUAUUAUUCAUCAUAUUGAGUAGAUUUAGAAAAUCAUACAAAAUAUGUAAACAGUGUUUGCUUGCAUGCCAGUCUAUUGAAGGGAUGACACUGGCUUUGCCACCAUAUCUGUUCCAGCUGCUAUGUGCGUUUUAUUUUUUGUUUUUUGUUUUUUUUUGUGGACAAUUGUCUGUGAACAAACUGAGGAACAUGUAAACCAUUAUGUAAGAAGGCUAGAGAGAAAAAUGUUUGGGGGGAGGAACCAAUGGUAUGAUAUUAAUUCAAUCAACUAAGUGCCAGACCAACAACACAGAGGUAGAAUCUGCCUAAAAAACCUUGCUUUCAACCUCUUCAGAUAAAACUCACCUGCCUGUAUCAGCCUCAAUCUAAAUUUCACUGUGGGAUUUCAUUUUCACAAAUAGAUAUUGUAUAAUAUUAAUGCUAUUUUUCGUAUUUACAGAGGUAUGCUGAGCUACAAAGAGAGCUGGAUAUUGGUAUGAAUAAAUGUAUGGAUAUAUUUUGGUAUCUGAUUAAAAAUUGUAAAUAACUAUGUGAGAGGAUCACAACUUGGAUUAUUUCUGGGAACCUGUCUAAAGGGAUAAAUGUACAUAUGAUGGCUGUUUGUUAGCAUUUGUUUCUGGAACAUAUAAUUGUUUUUGGUUAUCAUUAUUAAUUACUGUGUUUUAAUACUUUUAUUUUAAUAGUCCUACAUGAAUUUGAGACAGAAGUACCAAUUCAGACUGCAAUUAACACUUAAUAAAUGGUUUGUUACACA